CUAAGGCUUCCGGUCGCAGCGGGGAAGAUUGGCCUUGAGUAGAAUAGGCCCUUCCGCUUAUUGGGCUGCUGAACUGAACAGACCGCGCGUUCUUCACUGCGUUUGUGCGUUUUCUUUUUCCGUUUCCGUCCACUUAAGAGGUCGGCCGAGAGUUACUUGGCAACAGCCCCUGGGUUACUCUGGUUUAGGGUCGCCGCCGCGGUUGCGGAAGAAGAAAGGAGUCUCCGGCGUCGCGGCUUUUUGGAGAAAGUGUCAGGGUUGCCGAAAGCCUUGAAGUGCUGGCGAGGAAGAUGACGUGCAAAUAAACUUUAUUUCAGGACUGACAGUGAGGAUUGAUAUUUGGGUUAUUUCAACAUGAGCUUCCUGUUACCCAAGCUGAGCAGCAAAAAGGAAGUAGACCAGGCGAUAAAAAGUACUGCAGAGAAGGUGUUGGUUCUCAGGUUUGGGAGAGACGAGGAUCCUGUCUGUCUGCAGCUAGAUGAUAUUCUUUCUAAAACCUCUUCUGACUUAAGCAAAAUGGCUACUAUAUAUCUGGUAGAUGUGGACCAGACUCCAGUCUAUACACACUAUUUUGACAUCAGUUACAUUCCUUCUACUGUGUUUUUCUUCAAUGGGCAGCAUAUGAAAGUGGAUUAUGGGUCCCCAGAUCACACCAAGUUUGUGGGAAGUUUCAAAACCAAGCAAGACUUUAUAGAUUUGGUUGAAGUAAUUUAUCGAGGAGCAAUGAGGGGAAAACUUAUUGUCCAAAGUCCCAUUGAUCCCAAGAAUAUUCCCAAAUACGACCUGCUCUAUCAAGACAUUUAGCAGGUUCACUGCUGUCAAAGUCGAAGAUAAAGGCACAUCCUGAAAGAGUACCUGAACCCAGCUGUGCCAUUUUCCUGGAGUCCUGCGGAAGCAUGGUCAGCAUCCUGGCGGAGAAGAGGCUUGAUAUGUGUAGAGCUUACCUGUCCCCAGGUAGAAGACGUGUGGCAAUGGCACUGAGGUCACAUGACCAGAGACGCCAGAGUGUCUACCCCUGCGGACCUCGGCGCAGCCCCAUCAGCCACGGUCAGUGGCCCCAGCGGGAUCAUUUCACCCUCUCUUUAUAUUGUGCUUUUCUUUCUUCUUUAAGGUAAUACAGAAUCCUUCUAAACAUUGCCUGGUACAAUUCGAUCAACUACGUUUAUCUGACACACAAGUAAAAUAGAAAGUCAGUUCCCGUAAGAGCAGAAGUCCUUCUCUUCAAGAUGUACGCACACCCACCCCUUCCAUUAUCCUCAGCCUCGCCUGUUCCUCCACACGUAUCUCAAGCAGCUCACCUGUCUCCAGUCCCUGCAUCCCAGUUUCUCUUGGAAAAAAUAAUUCUCUACUGAUAAUCGGGCAAGUUUGUUUAUCUUCCAGCCUUUCAGGCUCAGACUUUUAAAGGUAUCCUGGUUUGCUCAUUUUACCAGCGUUUAUGUUAAUAAAUUGCCCAAGAAGUGAGAACUUGAGUCUUUACCAUCCAGCACUCAAAUGGAGCUAAACAAAGAACUAACUACCCUCAGUGAGUAGGAGCAGAUGUCUUUCAGAGACAGGAAAUUGUACUUCAAGGACUCAAGCCUGGAAAGAGCUCAGAAUUAUGAGAAAGAAAUACCAUCUUUAUAGGAUUUGCCUGUUUUAAUAAUUUUAUGAGGCAUUCUUGUUCUUCCAGGAGACACCACUGGGGAAGUUCCUGCUCCUCUCAAAACCUCAUGGGGGCUAAUGGUACUGACUUCCUAGGGUAAGAGGAUAGAUGCAGAGGCAGAGGGCAGUGCACCAGGCAGCAUGCGAGGAGCUGCUACUGGCCACCUUGCCAACAAAAGCCCAGUACUGUGCAGGGCAGCAGUGUUGCUGCAGGUCCGUCCCCCUUUGCCAAGUGCUUUCUGGGGAGCGGUGACCAUGGAGCCUAGUUCUGACAGGCAUGGCAUAGAAGGAAGGCUGCUGGACCGACCGUGGUGGCCUUUGUUUGUAAAGGAGAGAGCCACUCCCAGAAUGAGAUCACAAAACCCUUUCACCACCACCUCCGUCUUUUGGCCCCCGCUUCCUGCUUUCAUGGUAGUCGUGACGCAUGGGCUACAGCAGCCAUCUUAGGACCAGGAGGCAACCAGCCUGGGAUGGACAAUGAACAUGCCGAGAAGACCAGUAAAAAGAGCCUGGGUCCUGGGUUCCUGUCGUGGCUCAGCGGUUAACAAACCCAACUAGGAUCCGUGAGGAUGUGGGUUUGAUCCCCGGCCUCACUCAGUGGGUUAAGGAUCUGGUGUUGCUGUGAACUGUGGUGUAGGUCACACACACACGUGGCUUGGAUCUGGCGUGGCUAUGGCUGUGGUGUAGGCUGGCAGCUGUAGUUCCGAUUGGACCCCUAGCCUGGGAACCUCCAUAUGCCGUGGGUGCAACCCCAAAAAGACCAAAAAAAAAAAAAAAGAGAGAGAGAGAAAAAAGCCUGGGUCCCUACCGAUGAGCCUGAGCUACUGAGCGGACUCUAGACCUGCCUCCCUCCAGACUUCUGUGAGGAUAAAACGUCCUCCCUGCCCGUCACUGUAGUCUGUCCCUCGUGGCCUAAGCCACAGAGCAUUUGAUGUGUGGAAGGUUUUUGCUCUGAUACCAGCAAAAAUAAUCUGUGUGUGUAA